CACUCCACUGGGUAUUCGAAGAAGAACGGGGCGCAGCUCCAUUUGAGACCGAUUAUUCUCACACAAAAAAACUGGCAAGAAAGGAUCUCUUCCGACCUUGCAAGCCUACAAAGCGUUUAUCUUAUUUUCUCUCGAUUUCGUUUUAUUAAAAAAAAUAGGAAAACAACGAUUGGAAGUCCUAUAUUUUAAAUUUAAAGUAGCGUUAAAGCCUUCUUAAAAGAUGGCGACAGCUGACGACUCGCGCUACUAUAGUGAGCAUGAUGACCGUGUUGGUGGACCAAAGCAUCGUAACCGUAAAGGCAGAGGCCCUUUCAGAGCCCCCCUGUACAGCGAUCAGAUUUCACGGCCGAGGCAUCGAGGUGGUCACGGUGGUGGUGGAGUAGGCCCUGGUCCUCGGUCCAGACUUCAGGAUGAUGAUGGAGAUGUGACCAUGGCAGAAGGUCCUCAAGACAGUGGUGCCCAGCGCAGAUUCAAUCCAUAUGGCCGGCCACAGAAUCGGCGCGACAAUCGCAAAGGUGGACGUGGUGGUGGUGGUGGCGGCGGCGGUGGAGGUGGAAAUGACGAUAGAGGUGGCAAUCGAUAUGGAGUCAGAUGUGGUGGAGGUGGCGGUGGUUCUGAUGGAAGCCGCAAGAACUGGUUUAAAAUGACUAUUCCUUUCGGGAAGAAAUAUGACAAAGAUUGGCUUUUGUCUUCGCUUCAGAGCGUCUGUUCCAUGCCAUUCCAUGCCGUUCAUUAUCACACUGAUGGCAACAAGGCCCAGUUUUAUGUUGAAGACUCCACAACUGCUAACGCUUUGUUUAAAGUGUCACGGAAAAUAACGGACAAAGAUGGAUAUAAGGUGACUGUUAUUAUGAACGGCUGCCCACCACCUGCUUUGAUUCACACUGAUCUGAAGGCCGCAGAUUUGGAGCAUUUGAAACAAUGCAUGGCUAAACGCUUUGAUGGGUCACAGCAGGCUCUUGAUCUGAACAACAUCAGAGUCGAUCCAGAUUUGGUUUCUCAAAAUAUUGAGGUCACUUUGAAUCGGAGGAACUCCAUGUUGGCGGUUAUCAAAAUAAUCGAGGAGAACAUUCCUGAGCUGAUUUGUCUGAACCUAAGCAACAACCGGUUGUACAGGCUGGAUGACUUGGCGGAUAUUGUCAACAAAGUUCCCAACUUGAAGAUUCUCAAUCUGUCACAUAAUGAGCUGAAGACGGAGAGAGAGCUUGAUAAACUGAAGGGUCUGAAGCUGGUGGAACUCUCGUUGGAGGGAAAUCCUUUAUGUGGACACUACAAGAACCAGGCCGACUAUGUCAGUGCCGUUCGGGAACGAUUCCCCAAGCUGCUCAAACUGGAUGGACACGUCCUUCCGCCUCCCAUUGGAUUUGAUUUGGAAGUUGCUCCUGCGACUCUUCCCCCCUGCAAGGCUAGCUACUUCUGCUCGGAAGAAAUCAAGAACAUCAUCCUUUGUUUCCUGCAACAGUAUUACAGCAUAUAUGACUCAGGAGACAGACAGCCCCUGCUGGACGCCUACCAUGACGGGGCAGCUUUCUCCCUCAGCAUUCCCUUCACCCUGCAAAACGCUUCAAAAAGUAGUUUAGGGGAGUAUCAGAAAGACUGCCGCAAUAUCAGGCGUAUGAAAGACGACCCCACUACACGGUUUCGUUUGAUUAAACACACAAGAUUAAACGUGGUGGCUUUCCUGAACGAACUCCCCAAAACUCAACAUGACAUCGCCUCCUUGAUCGUAGAUGUCAACACCUACACAGCUACAUUGUUGGCAUUUACAGUCAGUGGGGUUUUCAAAGAGACAGAUGGCAAAUCGCGAGACUCAUUCAGAGCCUUCUCCCGGGUGUUCAUUGCUGUUCCUGCUGUUCCUGCUGGUCUGUGCAUUGUGAAUGACGAGCUCUUCGUUCGAAAUGCCACUACGGAGGAAAUUCGACGUGCGUUUGUUGCUCCAGCCCCCACGCCCUCCAGCAGCCCUGUGCCCACUCUGUCCGCCCCGCAACAAGAAAUGCUUGCUGCCUUCUCCCAAAUGUCUGGCAUGAACCUAGAAUGGUCUCAGAAGUGCCUACAAGACAACGAUUGGGAUUUUGACAGGGCUGCUCAGAUCUUCACUGGCCUUAAGGCACAAGGAAAGAUCCCAGAUGUUGCAUUCGUCAAAUAAAGAGUUGUUGGAGGUUUAUGGAAACCCUAAACCGCAAGGGGUCUUCCUGAUUCUUCCCACCUAAAAUAAAUUCUGUAGUUAUUUUUUUUUCUGGUCUUUUUUUCUUCUAAAGAAAAAGGUUCUCAACAAUUUAAUUUCUUUACAUUGGAAAAUCAAGUUUACAGAGCAAAAAUAAGAUAGGAAAAAAAUGACUCAGGAAGGCACUAAAACCAUUUUCCCCCACUGUGAAUUCUUUUUUUUAAAAAUUAUUUUGUGAAUAUUUUUUCUUCUCAACUUUGCAGUUCAAGGUUUCCGUUAGCUUUAACUGUCGUCAUGUCCAAUAUGGGACAGAUAUGACAAAUAAAGUACUUGUUCAUUGCUUGUUGUGUUUUGUAAAAUAAAUAUUAACCAUGAUCUUA